CGAUAGGUCACAAGAUAACAGUAGUCUAAUUCGAAUUCACGGAACCAAAUGAAAGGAGCUGUCAGACGAGAGAGGUUGAACCACGUGCAGUUGCCUCAAUAGAUUGCUUUGAAAAUGGCAAAUAGAUCCGCGGAGAACACUUCUCAGGGAUGAAACAGCAGUGCCACCAGGACUCCACUCCAUUGGUGUUCAUUAGGUACAAGGCAACUCAAAAAGCCAUGGAUACCCUAAGCUUGUGGGAAACAUCAGCAAUCCCUGUACGAUGAUGAUGUUGAGAUAAGGGUGAUGCACCCCACUUUAUCAUCAAACAGGAUGAUAGUUAGCAGCAUGAUAGCUGGAAAUGACAGUUGCCUUCUAAGACACCUGAUUGAGGCAAUCAGGCAAGCCAAGGAGGCAUCACGUGCUCUUAAAGCUCACAGGGAUCUCUUGCAAAGGGAUAGAGCUCUAAGGGCACAACAAGACAAAGAGUUUCAAGCUUCUGAGGUUUCUGACAGGGCCAAUCACACCCAAACAGAGGUUAUAGCAGACAGACCUCAAGACACAGAAAAUGAGACUGAUCUUGGGGAGGGCCUAGAUGAAACUGAGGUGGACACUGUAGAGACUUUCAAGAAUCCAUAA